UGAGAUUCCCACUGAAAAAGCUUCCUUUUUCAAUGAUUAAUCUUCAAAAGAGAGAAGGUUCCAGCUCCAUUCCAAUUCCAGAAUUCAUUUAAUAAUCUUUUCAUUUAAUAGAUAAUAAUAAAUCUCAACAAAAGCCUAGCUCCUUUUUCCAGGUCAAUUCCCCCCUUUCUGUAACGGAUUAUGAAGAACUGCUGAAAAAGACUCCACCUUUCGCAUCUCAUCUCUCUCUCUGAUUAAUCCGGUUUCAUUUGAUAAUUGUGGAUUUUUUGGGGGGAUUUUUACUGAUUUUUCGAUGGGAAACAAGAGCUCGAGCCCUAGAGCCGAGGGGAGUUGGGGGCAAGCUUCAACAACCCGGUCUAGCUCUUCGUCUGGAUGGCAGCACGAUUAUGUUCAGACGACGUAUUCGCAGUAUGCACAAAAUUAUCCUAAUUCGAACCAACCGUCAAGAACGGGUUCUACUUCAUCAGGGUGGCAGCAUGAUGAUGGCGUAAACACUGGAUCAUCGAAUUCACGAUAUGAUGAUCAGGGCCCACCUGUGGCGUAUCCGUAUCCAGCACCAUCAGCAGGAUAUCCACCCGUGGAGCAGUUCUACGCUUCUCCCCAAGAUUAUGCGCCUCCAUCACAUGCCCCGGCCCCGUACCGUAUGCCUGCUCCUCAAGUGCAUGCGCCACAAAAGAGGCUUGAUAAGAGGUAUUCAAGGAUUGCUGACAACUAUCAUUCGUUAGAGGAGGUUACCGAAGCUCUUGCACGAGCUGGCCUCGAGUCUUCAAACUUGAUUAUCGGGAUUGAUUUUACUAAGAGCAAUGAAUGGACUGGCCAGAAAUCAUAUAACAGACUAAGCUUACAUCACAUUGGCGAUGGUCUGAAUCCCUACGAACAAGCCAUAACCAUUGUAGGGAAAACCUUGGCAGCUUUUGAUGACGACAAUUUGAUCCCUUGUUACGGGUUCGGAGAUGCGUCAACUCAUGAUCAAGACGUAUUUAGUUUUUAUCCCGAUGGAAGGAAUUGCAAUGGAUUCGAGGAAGUUCUGCACCGUUACAGGGAACUUGUUCCGAACCUGAAGCUGGCAGGGCCUACAUCGUUUGCACCAAUAAUCGAAAUGGCUAUGACUGUUGUCGAGCAGAAUCAGGGCCAGUACCAUGUUUUAGUGAUAAUUGCAGAUGGACAGGUCACGAGAAGUGUUGAUACCGAACACGGUCAGUUGAGUCCACAGGAGCAGAAAACCGUUCAAGCAAUAGUCGAAGCAAGCAAGUUACCUCUAUCCAUUAUUUUGGUCGGGGUAGGAGACGGCCCUUGGGAUACGAUGAAGGAAUUUGACGACAAUAUCCCUGCAAGGGAGUUCGAUAAUUUCCAGUUUGUCAACUUCACGGAGAUUAUGGCUAAAAAUACGCACCAAACCCGAAAAGAAACGGAGUUUGCUCUUUCAGCGUUGAUGGAAAUCCCUACCCAGUAUAAAGCAACGAUAGAGCUUAAUCUGUUGGGUCGAAGGAAAGGGAACGUGCCGGAGAGAAUUGCACUUCCUCCUCCCGUCUAUGGCGCAGCAGCAUUUGGCGGAAAUUCAAAGCCCUCGCACUCGCCCUCGCCAGCAGAUGCUUAUCGGUACAACUCUAGUUCGUACUACGACUACACUGCUCCUCCUGCUCCAUCUCCUCCCGCUCCAUCUUCUAACUACGAACACCAGAUUUGUCCCAUAUGCCUCACUAAUCCGAAGGACAUGGCGUUUGGCUGCGGCCAUCAGACAUGUUGCGAGUGUGGACAAGAGCUUCAGCUAUGCCCGAUUUGCAGGAGUCGAAUAGACACGAGAAUAAAGCUCUACUGAAGCUCCGGGAAGUAGGUCGUCCGAUGCAACGUACGCACUAACCCUGCCACCUAAUUCUUUAUAUUGGUUGUCCGCGUUGUACAAAUGAAGCGAUAGAGCCUCUUUCAAAUUCUUUCGUUGCCGAAGAAAAUACGAUGAAAUCUGAUCAAGAACACUGCUUGAUUGAAGAUUUUUUCUGCCUUGAAGAAGAUUUGUUUGUAAAUACUUACUUUGUUGUUACAGUUUGCUGUGCAUCAGCAGAUUUGAUGUGAAUACAUUUAUUUUUUGGUUUUUUUUUUAUUAUUAUCACUGGUGUAGUUUUACAUAGGUUAUUACCUCUCCUUUUGAAGCACUUCUUUGUAACAUACUAUGAUAGUGUUAUAUUUGUGUUCGGUUGCUCAAAGUUAAUUUGUCCUGA